UCUGCAAAAAAAAAUGGCAUCCAAGGAAAAGUUUCCAAAGCCACCGAAGACCAAGAAAGCGGGACAGCUCAUAUGUCUGACAAUAUGCGGAUACCGUCGUCCAGGCAUGAGCGAAGAGGACUAUAGAAGUCAUAUGACCCAAGUAUCUGGACCCAUGACUAAAGAGCUCAUGGUGAAGUAUGGUAUAGUUCGCUGGACAAUGCUACACAACACCACCGAGACUCGCAAUCUCAUGAAACAGCUAUUUGACGAGCACAUGGUGAAUCUGGCGGAGUUCGACUGUUUCAGUCAAGUCACUUUCCGGACCAUAGAAGAUUACAAGCGCAUGAGGAAAGAUCCAGUGUACAGAAACCAAGUCGCAGGGGACCAUGUCAAUUUCGCGGAUACCAAUAGAAGCAUGAUGACCAUUGGGUGGGUGACCGAUUUCAUUGAGCAUGGGAAACUGGUCGAAAUGGACAAUGAAACGAAAAAGGAGGCAAGCGCUUUGAGUCGGAUAGCAGGACCUGCAGAGGGAUCUACUAAGAAAACCUUGGCCGCGACGGUUGUUGUGGGCUCUUUUCUCUCUGGCUGUAUGGCAUCUCUAUCAUUAAUGGCCGUACCCGUGCUUCUCGACACCGCAACAAGUUCGCCGCAACUAUUGUGGCAGUGGACACGCAUGUACCAUUACGGACACCAAGUGCUUCCAGGGAUGUCUAUCAGCACUUUUCUUCUCUACAGCUACGUCUGUAUUCGAAGACGCAGAGCGCCAUCACCGAAGCCGUGGCGUUUGUUUGCGCUUGCGGGUCUUGUGACUGUGAGCAUGAUACCAUUCACACUGCUGAUCAUGAAGCCGACCAACGAUGAGCUAUUUCGGUUGGAGGCAGCGACGAGGGCAAUGAGAUUGGGCAAUAUCCCGGAAAUCAAUGUUAUUUCUCUCCAAGACACGAAAGACAUGGUGGUCAAGUGGGCUUUGAUGCACUUGACAAGAGCCAGUUUUCCACUCUUUGGAGCUGUCAUGGGUGCUUGGGGCUUCUUCCGUCAAAGCUUCUAAGGACAUGAAACUAGAAUGGGAGAUAGAUCAGGCUUGGGUUCCGUUGAAUUGGCAGAUUAGAAAUGGUUCUGCUCAACUAACAGUGAGCCCUUCUAUGUCAUGGGUCGAUAGAUUGUGAGAAUCAAUUGUUUAAUUGAAGAUUUACUCUACUUGUUCACAAGACCGUGUUUGCAACUCUGUUCUUGCCUAUGCCAUCCAACACCACCAAAAUGGCAUCUCGAGGCCAACGAGCUUACUAAGCGUCUAUGCAUCUUGAUAGGGUACAUGGACGUUCGUCGUUCAAACAAAAUGCCCGCUACACGUGCGUGACU